AUGCAGUCAGUCAGCCAACUAAUCUAUCGCCACAAGAAGUUCGAUGUGAGCCGAAGCAUUGAUAAGGUUGCGUUGCUCAUCAAGGAGGAGCUCAUAACCCGGAGCAACACUCCUUGCAGCAUCUCCAGCAGCUCAGGCAGUCGCAGAGCUUCGGAUGAGUUAUCCUCCAGCAUGUGCUUCAGCGAUCCGGAUCAGGAUCAGUUCCUGCCUUUGCCCAAGCGACGACGCCUGCUAUCAUCAACCGCAUCCGUAUCCUCGGAGCACUCUCUGCCAUCCAACCCGAUCAGUGUCAACGCCAUCCGAGAUAUCUGCAAGUACCAUGUGAACAUGGUCCGAAAGUUCCCCAAGAAGGAGCGGACGCCAAAGGAACAGGAGCGCCGGGACAAGAACACCAUGGCCUGCCGCUUGAGCCGGCGCAAGAAGAAGAUCGAUGACUUGGAGGUCAAGGAGGAGUACGAUCAGUUUCUCAAAACCCACCACGAGAUGGCCGAGCAGAGUCUGCGUGCCAAGGUCUAUCUGGAUCAGCUGAAGCUGCUGGUGGAGCGGGUGAACCACUGCCAACUCUCGCCCAGGAUAGUCAGAGCGGGGAAUAACAGGAGAAACUUUUCCAUUGACUUCCUGAUCGGAUCGAAUAGCAGGGAGUAG